AUGCUAUCUAAUCACAGGUAUAUUAAAUAUCAAAGAUGGAGCUUGAUUGUUUAGACUAACUACAAACCAAGGACAUUCAGAUUACAAAGUUUUGCCGCGUAAUUUACCGAACAGAUGUCAGCAGUCUACCGGGCGGUGAUUUCGGCCGUUGAUAAAAAGGUUCCUGCUCGAAUCAAACCUUUAUGGGAUCAUCCUGCGGGACCUAAAACCAUAUUUUUCUGGGCUCCUACUUUCAAAUGGCUUCUUGUUAUAGCUGGUCUAGCAGAUAUUAACCGACCAGUCCAGAACGUCAGUUUAUACCAAAGCACAGCGCUCGCAGCAACCGGUCUCAUAUGGUCUCGGUAUUCUAUGGUUAUUAUCCCGAAAAAUUACAACCUUCUCAGUGUAAACGCUUUUGUUGCUCUAACCGGUUUGUAUCAGCUAGCAAGGAUCGCUCAUUAUGAACACUCUAAAUAGAAAACGUCAAGUUCAACAAUCAGGGAGCCUUCAUUUCUCUUGUUACUUGGAUUUGGGAUAUAUCUGCAUAUGCAAAUAUUUAUUGGUUUAUCAUGCAAAAAAAAAAAAACUAAAUUUAUGUAGUGGUUAAUAUCAUAUAACCUGUGGCUUUGAUCACACAUAUUUUUAAGAUGUACUGAUCUUGAGUUUAUAUUCUAUCUUACUAGUUGCGUAUUAACUUUUGAUCACUGGAUAUUUUUCUUUUAGUUGCUUGAUCAUUGUUAGUAAUAAUACUUUUAACAAAAAGCACUUCAAUGUUUGUUGUUUACACUAAUUUUCCUUGUAAGGAGUUUUGAUAUUACAAGCUGUGGUUGCAGAAAUUAUUUUCUGAAUUUCAUCAACCUGUAUGUAAAUCUGAAAAUAUUCAGUCAUGUAAAUUAGAUGACUUCCCAUAUUUAAAAAUCAUAUAAGCUUUAGAAGUCUCAUUAGGUGUGUGUAUUUUUUCACUGGUUGAGUCCUGGAACAAUUGAUUGAAUAGAGGAUAUCGUUAGUAUUAACUGCCGACUUCAUUCUUCUUGACAGUGGAAUGUUUCUCCAUGAGCUACCGUUUGAAUAACAUUUGUUGAUGCGCAAAGAUCUACCUUCUGAUAACUCAAUCUAACAUAGAAAGUCGUCUCAGUUAGUUUUAGGCAUGUGGACUUAAGUUGUAUACUCGGAUAUGUUCGUUUUGUGUUAGGGGUGAUUAGUUUGUUCACAUUAAUUUAGGGUCAUGCAAAUGCCUCAAAGUUCUUGAGACAAGUUUGAUUUCCU